AGCUACUUCCGCAUUGUUGUCACUCCCCCUCCACAGCUACUGUUGACCCUGCUGCAUACUCGCUUGAAACCACCAACUCAUCUGUCAUCCCGGGGAUACUUGUCUUUUAAAUACAAUUUGUUUGCAAGCCAAGUUAGCGCUGUUCUCGUCCUUGCUGCUGUAGGAGUUCUGGCGAGUCCGCAGCCACUGCUGGCCAUGGAGCGAGGAAGCGGGUUUUCAUUCAUGAAGUAUGGGACGGCAGUGUCUCUUGCGAUGGUUCUGCUGGCGUACUGGUUCCGACCUCCCGGGGAUUCAAGGCUGGAUGACCGGUUGGACACAGUGCUGUCCUCCCUGCUGCGGGCUGAAAGCAAAGUGGGGAUUAACAACGCCAGACCCAGGGUGGCGAUAGGAACUGGGGGUUGUGUAGACAUCCUCGUGGACGGGGUGAGGUUGCUGAAUAAGAUCGGUCUGCCACCCACAGACCAGCCUCUCCAUCAUGACUACAUAGAGAACGCUGAUCAGCUGGCACAGAGCUUCGCUUACUUCUUCGUCCCGGGAGCCGCUGCAGAGCGGUUUGUGAUGAACAACACCCUGUUCAGUCAGCUGGUCGAGACAUCUCGUGAGUUGCCCGGCAACCGCUGGUCCAUAGGUGGCAACGCCCCAGUGAUGGCUGGUCGAAUGGCAACCGAGGGCUGCGACGUGUUGUUAGGGGGGAGCUUUAGCCCUGACUUCGCUGAUGUACUGUCCCAGCACAUCACAGUUGCAGGUAAUGUGGUGGAGGAGCCUGAUAUCCAUCUGAUCCUGGAGUACCCAUCUGGAGCCACCUGGGGCCAGUACACCGCCCGCAGGGCCAACAGGUACAUAGUCCACAGUGAUGACCAUAACCCAUACCUAGCGGCACUGGAGGACUUUGAGGAUAAGCUGCAUGACUUCCAUCCUGACCUGCUGGUGAUGGGUGGGCUCCAAAUGAUGGACAGCUUCCCCUUCCAACAGGGUGAGAGGAAAAACCUGCUCUCUCGGCUGGGCAAUCUCCUCUCCUCCUCCUCCCCUCGAACGGGCGUCCAUUUUGAGAUGGCCAGCUUUGUGGAUGAGGGUCUAAUGGGGGACCUGCUGCGUCUGGUCCUGCCCAAUGCCGACUCCCUGGGGAUGAACGAGCAGGAGCUGCCUAACCUGCUCAGCCUGUUGAGGGGCUCUAACGUCACCGUACUCUCUGACCCUAACCCUCGCGUUGCAACCGUCCUCGACCAGAUGAGGGAGCUCUACCGCCUGGUCAACCAGCGCUACCGCGAUGCUAAUGAGGAUAGCGGCGUGGACGCUAAUGCAGCUAGCGCUAAAGGCCGGCCGCUGUCCAGGCUCCACGUGCACACGUUGGCGUUCCAGGCCAUGAUUGUGAUGCGUGGCUCUCAGUGGAAGAACACCAUGUCGGCCGUGGCCAAGGCCUCGCUUACCGCCAACCGCCACGUGUGCGGCUCACCGGACAUCGACCCCAGCAAGGCGCGGCUCAUCAUGGACGAGUCAUUCUCUGUGAGCCGGCAGGAGGGCAGCCAGCGGAUCCCUCUAGAGGAGACCAGGCCUGUCAGCUGCUGGGACGAGGAUGACUAUGAGAUCUGUGUGGCGCCCAACCUGGUGUGCACGGAUGUUUACCAGACUGCAGGGGGAGGGGACAACAUCUCUGCCGCAGGACUGGUGCUGCAGAUCUGAGCCAACUUUAGGGACCAAUGGCUAACUCUAACAAAGAGAUCCCCUAACAUGUGAAGUCUUUUAUCAUUCUGGUUUUAGUUGUGUUGUUUAUUGUGUUGCCGGUGCAAUGCAAACGCUGGGUGCAGUGUGUCUGGCAGGACUGAGCCUAUUCCUCUUCUGUGCUUUUAGCUGUCCUCUGCCUCUUUCUCCUCUUGUGCUCCUCUUUCUCCUGUCCUCUCUCUGAGCAGUAUGACCUGACACAUCCACACACACUCAUACACUCUCUCAUUCCAUCAGGUGGAGCUCAUCUCAUCAUCUCACUCACCAUAUGGGACCUAUUUCCUCAACCAGGGCCACGUUCCGUAGCCAAAUGUUGCAGAUAGAAAUACCACGAAUAGAGCCGACGUGAUUCCUUACUCUACAUGUCGGAGGCAUGUUUGUUCUACAUAGAAUAUGGACAUCUGAAUAUCCAAAAUGCCCCCGUGUGUUUUUUCCUUUGACGUGUGUGUUAAGGUCCAGACACUGAUCACAUACACGUCACACAUCCACUCCCUGUUGAGCAUUACAUAUAUACAUAUCUGGUGUCCAUAGCUAUUCCAUUCUGUCCCAGGAUAUCCACGUACAAAACAAACAUUCCAUCAGUUUCACCAUUUCAGCCGUAACGUUCUGUUUCUUUCGUCAAGGGAAUUUUCAAUAGUUUUUUUCUCAAGGGAAAGCUUUUGUUUGAUAUCUGACUGUUUUCAUGUUAACCUGCUUUUAGAGCUGGUGGCAUACAGGCAUUUAUCUCAUGUGUCUCGCUAAGCAGUAGAAAAGGGAAUUUAAAUGUGUUCGCUCAGUGGUGUGUGAUGAUUCUUCCUCAGUCUGGCCUGUACACACAAUGCACUGUAAUGUUGUCGUCUUCAGUCUGAAUACUAUGUAAUGGUUGAUGACAACCACAGGGAGUGUUUCUCUGUUAUGUCUGUAAUGUGAAAGAGAAACAUGAGCAUGUAUUCUUCUCAUAACCUCCUCACUCUCCGUAUACUGCCUGCAUCCUAUCAUAUCAUUGAGUCAUACAUACAUUAGGCGCUUAAGUUGUGUGUUUGAAUGAUUAUUGCAUGGGCCACAUACAAGGUGCUUUGGAUAAAAGCAUCUGCAAAUUAAGUAUGAUAUAUAUCAGCCAAACAAGUUUGUUAUUUAGAUGUACUUUCUCUGCAGAACAGCCCAUAUGAUCUCUUUACCUGGGCCCAUAUUCAUAAAGCUUCUCGGAGUAGGAGUAAUAAUCUAGGAUCAGUUAUCUUUUAGCUCAUAGGCAAUUGAUUAAGUUUACAUGGACCGGGGUUAAGCUGAUCCUAGAUCAGCACUUCUACUAUGGAACUCCUUAUGAAUACAGGCCCUGUUCUGAAGGGAGACUGGGUGCAUCCUAACAGUCUAAAGUGGCUCUCUCCCCUUGUUUCCUUUAUUUACAUUUACAUUUAAGUCAUUUAGCAGACGCUCUUAUCCAGAGCGACUUACAAAUUGGUGCAUUCACCUUAUGACAUCCAGUGGAGGAGCCACUUUACAAUAGUGCAUCUAAAUCUUUUAAGGGGGGGGGGGGGUGAGAAGGAUUACUUUAUCCUAUCCUAGGUAUUCCUUAAAGAGGUGGGGUUUCAGGUGUCUCCGGAAGGUGGUGAUUGACUCCGCUGUCCUGGCGUCGUGAGGGAGUUUGUUCCACCAUUGGUACUUUAAUUGGUACUGAUCAGAAAGAACUACGUCUAUCCCCAAUCACAUACGUUGAGAUGAGUGCAAUGGAAGGGAGGAAGCCGCUGUGUACUACUGACAUGCAGCAUGAAGCCUGUAUGCUUGACAGGGUUUCUCCACUGUCCUCUUAAGGCGGCUGGAUUUAUUUCCAGACAGAACACCAUGCCACUCAAGCUGAGUCCACCCCUCUGGGUGACUGACAUGCGUGCGUGUGUGUUCCUGCUUCUCGGCAACUGCUUGUACACACCCAUGCUGUGUGUGCGUAUGUAUUUGCGUCAGUGUGCAUGCUUUCAGAAUAUAUUUGCGCGAGUGAAUGAAUGUGUGUGUUGCUCUGGCCAGCUGACGUAAUUGUUGUCUCAGGGAUUAGCUGACCUGUGCUGUUAAGGAGAUGUGGAAUAUCUGGAUCCUGCUUUGUGGAGGCUCUGGGAUAGACCCUUCCAGAUGGAUCGCAGUACAUGGAAGGAAGGAUGGCUCAUGGCCAGGUGAAUUGUUUUGCUCUGAGUGACUUCGGCGAAAUAAAGAAACACAUUCCAUCUUC